AUUGAUUUCUCAGUCGAUAUUUAUGGCAUUAUCUAUUAGUGUUAAUUGUACUUGUUAUUUUACAUCGUAUAUUUCUUUGAACCGCUUUUGACUGGAUUUGCAACUGAAAAUGUGUAAUAUAUGAAAUAAAUUAAUCAAUGUAAUGCAAUUUGAACGGCAUAUACAGAGCACGUCAGCAUUCAAAAUAUUAAAUCUAGUAGUUUUGCUAAGAUUACUGAAUCUGAAAAGUCGCCCGACACGAACUAUACACUUGGAGCAGCUAAGGCAGACGAAGUUGAUGAUCUUAGAGACACUACCUCAUUUUCAGAAAUGAGUGGUGGUAGUCAAAUUAAGACAACCAUUACAACUGCUGUAACCAGAACAGAAAUGUCACAUAUACACGACACAGCUUUUGACAAGGAUAGGCAAGAUAGAAAUGCACCUGAAGUGACUAAAUAUGAUGCGUCUAAUUUAGAACAUUUAAAGAGGCGGGGUGAUGUUAAGCGCAAGAUAAUAGAAUUAGAAAAUACUAAAAACACAAUACCAACAUCCACUAUUGGCAAGCAAAAGUCUUUGGCUGAGAUUGGUGAAAAAAUUCCAGCUGUUAAAGAAGUAGUAAAGGAUUUUGAAGAUAAAUUUCAUGACUACAGCGUUGAAACAACACCAUUUAAAGUGAGACAACGUGAUCUAACGCCAGCCCAUGUGGAUGAGAAUGCUUUGGAGCGUCAAAUAUUAACAGACGUCGAUCUUGCAUUGGAGAAACUUAUAUCACAUGAGCAACCGGCAGAAGAAGUGAAACUAUCGCCUGUUGCGGCCAUAGAGACUAGAUUGGAUAAUUCCCAUGUGCCAAAGGAAGAAAUUUGCGAAAAAGUUUGCAUUAAACGUAAAAUGUUCGAAGUAGCUAAGGAUGAGACUAAGUUUGGUAACACUGGUGAUGCAGAGAGCGCUUUUGGGGCUCCAUUUGAGAAGUCACCUAAAGAAAUUAAUUUGCCAUCAGCAGAUACCGAAGGUUCUGAAAUUUUGCCAAACGUUAAAGAUGUUGUAAAAACAUUUGAGCAGAAGUUUUCUUCUCUAGAAACUUCCCCAUUACCCGCGCGUAAGCAUUUUGUUCGUGCGGACAACGAAGUAGACAUUACCUAUUUAGGCAAAAAAGAUCUUAGUCAAAGAGACGAAAUUUUAGAAAAAAUAACCGGAUCAGCACCACCAGUACAUGGCGCUAUCAUGGCCCAGGAAAGGUUGGGUAGCUCUUUAAGAGAAGAACAAGUAUUUGAGUUUUCAGAACCAUUAGUUAAAAAACAAAAAAUGUCUGAAAUAAAUCUAGAUAAUGACAUAAGCUUGAUUGAUCAAAAUACCCUAAAAGACAAUAAGGAAGAAGUAGUUUCUAACGUGACCGAUAAAUCACAGGUUGCGGAUAAUGCAAAUGACUUCAUUAAAACGAUAUGUGAUAAAACCGAAUUUCCUAUCGAAGGAACAAUUGUGAUAGACAGUUCAAGCUUCCCAAUGAAAGAUAAAGAAGGUGUUGACUUAAUACCUGAGACACAGGACACUGAUGUUACUAGUAUAAAGGAGUAUAAAUUAAAAAUUUAUGAAACAGCUGAAAAUGAGCGUAAACAAGAAGUUUGUUUAGGCAACCUACAAGUAAAACAUAGAAAAGAUAGCGUAGAAACUGAAAAAACUUCCGAUACCGCCACAACAAUCAAAAGAUUUCCAGUAACGCUACCGACACCGAAAAGUGAGGAAAAAGAAACUGAUAUUGAAACUAAAGAAGAAAAUAAUAAAAUAGUAAGUGGCUGCAAAGCUGAUCAAGAAACAAUCUCAUGCGCGCAUUUUAUUACAAAUCAAUUAAAACUGGAAACAUUUAGUAGACCGCCGGUGCCUUUAACAACAACUAAAAUAAUUAAAUGGACUGAUGAAAAAACAAAUAAUUUAGAAACGUCAGACCUUCCCACUCUUCCAAAACAAACAGACUUCAGAAUAACUUCCGAGAGAACUGAACUGAUGCCUAUCGAAAAAUAUUAUAGAAGUGAAAACCAAAAUAGGCUUUAUGACAAAGCGAUGACGCAAGACUAUAACGAUAAAACACUAACAGGGCUCCAAAUAAGUACUACCAAAGAACAAACUGCGAAAAUUCUUUCUUUCCACAAACAUUCUGCUAUUGAAUCACAUGUUAAAUUUGAAAACCUUACAGAUACUGAAAUGAGACAGGUUUCGAAUACAGAUAUCAAAGAUUUCCAAAAAUUUUCAAAACCAAAAGACAAACACAAAUCUCCUCUAGACAUUGCUAAGCCUGUUCCUCAUGUGAACUAUUCUGAUGAAUCAGAGGAGGAGUUUGACAAACCUAAGGUCACUGAUAUGAAACAGGUGUUACCAUUAGUAAAGUCUAUAAGCAAAUCAGAAGACAAAGAUACUAAAGACGUUCUACCAAUUUCCAAACCAGAAGAUAAACUAAAAUCUCCUCUAGACAUUGUUAGGUCUGUUCCUCAUGUGUACUCUUCUGAUGAAUCAGAGGAAGAGUUUGACAAACCUAAACUCACUGAUAUGAAAGAGGUGUUACCAUUACUAUCGUCUAUAAGCAAACCAGAAGACAAAAGUACUAAAGACGUUCUACCAAUUUCCAAACCAGAAGAUAAACUAAAAUCUCCUUUAGACAUUGUUAAGCCUGUUCCUCAUGUGUACUCUUCUGACGAAUCAGAGGAAGAGUUUGACAAACCUAAACUCACUGAUAUGAAAGAGGUGUUACCAAUAGUAUCGUCUAUAAGCAAACCAGAAGACAAAAGUACUAAAGACGUUCAACCAAUUUCAAAACCAGAAGACAAACCAAAAUCUCCUCUAGACAUUGUUAGGCCUGUUCCUCAUGUGUACUCUUCUGGUGAAUCGGAGGAAGAGUUUGACAAACCUAAACUCACUGAUAUGAAACAGAAGUUACCAUUAGUAUCUUCUGUAAGCAAACCAGAAGACAAAGAUACUAAAGACGUUCAACCAAUUUCCAAACCAGAAGACAAACAAAAAUCUCCUCUGGACAUUGUUAGGCCUGUUCCUUAUGUGUACUCUUCUGAUGAAUCAGAGGGAGAGUUUGACAAACCUAAACUCACUGAUAUGAAACAGGUGUUACCAUUAGUAUCGUCUGUAAGCAAACCAGAAGACAAAGAUACUAAAGACGUUCAACCAAUUUCAAAACCAGAAGACAAACAAAAAUCUCCUCUAGACAUUGCUAGGCCUGUUCCUCAUGUGUACUCUUCUGAUGAAUCGGAAGAAGAGUUUGACAAACCUAAACUCACUGAUAUAAAACAGGUGUUACCAUUAGUAUCGUCUGUAAGCAAACCAGAAGACAAAGAUACUAAAGACGUUCAACCAAUUUCCCGCUCUGGGUAUGGAUUUCUCUUCUUCCUCGCUAUCGAAGCUAUCCUCCGCGGCAGAGUCAUCAAGUUUUUCAACAUCUGUUAA